GAUGAUCUGCGAUGCGUGUCCGACGGUCACAGGCCGGCCUGCCCACCUCUUUCUCUCGGGUUUGUCUCGUGGUGCACGCCCGGCUCUGGAGCCAGAGAGGGAGCCAGCUCAGCGCUCGGCGGCGCUAUAAAGUCGCCGGGCGAGAGUGAGAAGCUCAGUGCUCCGUCAGAAGCCAUCCGGAGACCAUGAGGACCCUACUGUUGUGCGCGGUGGUCGCUGUGUGCGUCUGCGGGACGCUGGGAGCCCGGCGAAGGCUUCUCGUCGGACCACCACGCCGCCCCGUACAGAGCCUGCCUAUAGGAGGCUGGCCGAGGUCCCGGGACGGGGAUCUCCCCGGACGUCCCGUUCCUGGCCGAGUUCCGGCCGAGCAGCUGCGGCUGGCUCCCAGGGAGCGCUACCCGCAGCCGCCGCCGCCUCAGGAGUUCGACGACGAGUUCCAGGCGCCGUUCCGUCCCCAGUCCCCGGAGUUCUUCCGUCAGGAUGAGCCCUUCGCGCCGGAGCCUUACCGCCGGGCGCCUCAGGAGCCCUACCGCCAGGAGGCCGAGGACCUCUUCCGCAAGCAAUCUCUCGAGUCCUUCGGUCAGAGGCCCCAGGAGUCCUUCGAGCCCCAGGAGGUCUUCGGACAGAGGCCGUUCGUGCAGGAGGAUGAGACUCCUGAGGCGAGGCCCGUCCCGGUGAAGAAGCCUGCGGAGGAGCGAAGGGAGCUCGCCGCCGAGUCGUCGGUGCAGAAGCGACAGGACUACGCUCCCCUGGUGCAGAGGCAGGAGCCUAGCUACAGCGAGCCGGUGGCGGACAGCCGGCAGGACGCCUACUCGCUCAACAUUCCCGAGAAGAAGGAGAAGCAGCGCCUGGAGUUCCAGGUGCACGGCCAGCAGGGUCCGCACAGCUACCGCUUCGGCUACGACACCGGCACCGGGUACAACCGUCAGUUCCGAUUCGAGGAGCGCGACGCUGACGGUAACCUGAAGGGCCGCUAUGGCUACUACAAGGACGGAAAGCUGCGGGUGGUCAACUACUCAGCCACGCACAAGGGCGGCUUCCACGCCGAGGGCGACUUCGGCAAGUUCCCAGAGAACAAGUACUGAUCGCCCGGCGCCGAAAUGGAAAACCGCCAGCUUUGUAAAGACACGCGGCCGAUGGCCUCACUCCGCGUGCUCCUGCAUUCACAGAGAAGUGCACACACCAUCGGCAUGACUGAUACGCAAGCAACAUUAGGAGUGGUGCGUCUUCGCUAUGCAUACGAAGACUUAUUUGUUUUGAUUAACUGAUAUUCAUCAGUUAGGAGCCAUUAUGCUCUUGAGCAAACACCUAGACUUCAUGCUUUUGUGAAACGGGUUUAGGCUAACUUUUCGUUAGCCUAAACCCGAUUUUCAAUUUAUUUUAAUUUACCCUAACUUUUUGGAUAGCAUAAAUUAAAACUAGUGUAUUUUGAUAGGAACAGCCCAGAUCCGAGUUUAUACUAACUUUGGAGCACGUUAGCCUAAACCAGAUUUACCCUAACCCGGCCAAUUAAACGAUUCUGUUAGUUCAUAUUUUAUCCACCAGAGUUUGCUUCAUACUCAAAGGCCUUCCUCGUCCAGUAAAAGAUCUGGCAGCGAUGUGCCACGUCGAUUUGGAAGCACGACUGAGAUACAAUUUCGGCGCAGCUGUUUGCACGCCGGAAUAUCUUUGAGCGUUAUUUGUUGUUGCACGUGCAGUUUCAAGGAUGGUUGUCGUUGUGUGUCUACAACAGAGUGACACCGAUACCUGCUCCUGAUCCGGUCACGGAGAGCGCCGCUGCAUCUGCACGGCAUGCUCCAGAUCCCGGACAACUGGCCUCCACUCCCGACCGGCUGCCGGCUCCUGAUCGAGCGCCUGCUCCUGGCCGGCCGUCUGUUCCGGCGCCGCCAGGGCUGACCGGAGCGGUGCCCGCGCCGGGUGUGACCACCGUCCCGCCGUCCGCACCCUCUCCCAGCGCGCCGCGGUACCGGCUGAGAGACCGGUCCACCCUGCGGCACCCAGACCGAUACGUGGCGAGCUAUGAGUAGGCGUUUUGUUUCAGUUGUUAUUUGUUCUGUGAGGUGCAUAUUUAUUUGUUUGUCCAUGCUGUGCAAGUAUUCGGGGUGGGGAGGAGUGUCAUGGAGCUGAGCUGGCGGCCGCCGCGCCGGUGCACGCGUACUUGCGCUCGUGACAUCCGUGCUGGGGGCACUCGUAUGUUAACCGUGGUGGCGUUGUCUCUGUGACCCGGGGGCUAACUGGCCGGCUCGAAUACAGUUUGGACCGAGA